GACAUACUCUCCAUGUGGUCUAGUAGUAUACUUGUCAUUGCUGAUUACGGAGGGAGUAGUCGUCUACUCGUCAUUGCUGAUUACGCCACGAUUAUCAGCAGCCGGCGCCGCCGUUGCUGUUAUCCUGCCGCCGCCGCCGCCGCCGCCGCCGCCUGGUUCGGAGAAAUGGGCAAAAGAGCCAUCCGAUACGCCGUGGUGGAUGCCUUCGCGGCUGAGCCCUUCAAGGGCAACCCCGCCGCAGUAUGCCUCCUCGAAGAGGAGGGCGCCUCCGCGGCCAUGGACGACCGGUGGAUGCAGUCCGUCGCCGCCGAGUUCAACCUCUCGGAGACCGCCUUCCUCGCCCGGGACUCCUCCGGGGGAGCCGGCGCAGCCCCGCGGUUCCACCUCCGAUGGUUCACUCCCGUCACGGAGGUUGACCUCUGCGGGCACGCGACGUUGGCCUCUGCGCACUUCCUCUUCACGACUGUUCUUCCGGAGCAUGGCAAGCUGGAGUUCAUGACCAGGUCCGGGAUCCUAACUGCCAAGAAAGUCCCUGCACCAGGGAGCACUGGCGUCCCAGGUGAGGAGCAGGGGAAGCUGUUUAUUGAGCUGGAUUUCCCCAUGAUUGGUUUUCUGGACUGCAACCAAAUGCCGUCGAUUCCAGAGACCCUAAACGGUGCGCCCAUUGUCAGCGUUCACAAAUCGGCUACCGACGGCGACCUCAUUGUGGAACUUUCUUCAGGAAAAGAAGUUGUUAAUAUCCUUCCUAGCAUCGAUGAAAUUAAAAACUUGGCCUGCAGGGGUCUUAUUGUUACAGGACCGGCGCCGGCUGGAUCUGGUUAUGACUUCUUUACACGUUUCUUCUGCCCAAAAUUUGGGAUAGAUGAGGACCCUGUUACGGGCAGUAUACAUUGUGUUUUGGCACCCUAUUGGGGCAGAAAGCUGGGGAAGCAAAAAUUGACGGCAUUUCAAGCGUCUCCAAGGGGUGGAACACUAUACCUGCAACUGGAUGACGCAAAUCAGAGAGUGCAAAUCCAGGGAGAAGCUCUUACUGUGAUGGAUGGGACGCUCCUAGCCUAGCCAGCCAUUGGCAAUUUGGCAUCCAUCUACUCGUAUAUGCUUUGAAGGACUACCAUUCAUCCAUCUACUCGUAUAUUUACGGAGUUAUAAUAUGACUUUGGAUGUUUGUGAUUAUAUUUGCUGUUAUAUGCUUGUUGAACAGUUAACUGUUUAUGGAUAUAAAAAAUGCCCCCUCCAUUCCCUAAUAUAAGACAUUUUACCCUUU